AUGCAAUACAGUGAAAUACCCAUUGUCAACGACAAGGCUAUCCCUGAAGAGGAUGAAAUUGUACGUCAGCAGCUAAAAGAGAUGGGUCAACCUGUUUUUAUCAAUGGUGAAGAUGAUAGCGACCGACGAGAAAGAUUGUCCAAUUUGUUGAAGCGAAAUGCCAUUGACGAAGAUAAUUCACAAAGCGAGGGUGAGGAGGAAGAAGAAGAAGAAGAAGAAGAAGAAGAGGAGGAGGAGGAUUUUUAUACUCCAGGGCCAUCAGAAUUAUACGAUGCGAGGUUAGACAUCCUCAAACAUUCUUUGGUAAAAGCAGCAAGCCGACUUCAACAACAAAGAGAAGUCUUACAGAAUAACCCUGAAUUCAUUACAUUCUUGAAGAAAAGGCGAUCGAUAAACUCCAAAUUAGCGGGAAUUGAACUAUACGGAUCACAGGUAAUACACGGAAAUACAAGAGCUAUAUCCAGCGUAAGGUUUUCCUCAAGGGGAGACUUGAUUGCAUGUGGAUCAUGGGAUGGGUCGGUUCAUGUGUUAAAUAGCAAUGACUUGAAUCCUGCUGUGAAGUUGCUUCAGGGGCAGCAUUUGGAAAAGGUUGGUGCUUUAGAUUGGCUGACAAAGAAAGGAGGCGAUGUUUUAAUUUCUGGAGGAAAUGAAGGCACCAUCAACUUGUGGAAUAUAACUACAUCAGAUGAGGCUGUCAAACCCAAAAUUUCUAUAAAAGAAUCACACUCAAACAGGGUAUCGAAAACUUUGUUUCAUCCAAUUAAUGACUUUGCAAUAUCAACGUCAUUUGACCAAACGUGGAAGCUUUGGGACAUAAAUAAAGAGACUGAGUUGUAUCAACAAGAGGGCCACUCGAGGGAGAUAUAUAGCGGUGCAUUACAUCCGGAUGGGUCGCUCUUUUUAUCAGGAGGAUUGGACGGGGUGAUAUACGUUUGGGAUUUAAGAUCAGGAAGGGCUUUAAUGCCGCUUCAAAAGCACAUGCAAGGUAUAUACGGUCUUGAUUGGUCUCCUAACGGAUAUCACUUUGUUAGUGGUUCAGGUGAUUGUUCAAUUAAAGUUUGGGAUAUGCGAAAAUUGGACCGAUCGGGCGAUGAGAUAUUUUCUAUACCAGCCCAUACAAAGCUAGUCAGUGAUGUCAGGUUCCACUGUAGUAAUACUGGCGCGAAUGAGGAUAGUGUUGGUUUCAGCGGAACCUUCUUGAUAAGUAGCUCGUAUAACGGUGAAGUCAAUAUCUGGUCAGCUGACAAUUGGAUACGAGUUAAUACAUUGAAGGGCCAUAAUGACAAAGUGAUGAGCUGUGAUGUUAUCAGUGAUAAUAACGAGAUUAGAAUUGUGAGUAGUGGUUGGGACCGAACCGUCAAGUUGUGGCUGUAA